GAAUGGUCCCGUAUGUAAACAGUGAAGGCAUCAUACCUUGCAGAAACAAAGGGAUGUUAUGAAAGUGACUAAACCAGCAGCUGGCAUAUUCAGUCCCAGCGUUAACCGUUGAAGCGGACAGCAUGGAUGAGUCGUGGGAUUUUGAGUUUCUGUCCCGCAUCGCUGACAGCUGCCUAUCGUUCCUCUCCGAGUUUGUGGACGAUUGGCUCGCCAACGACAUGAGGGUCUCCAUCUUUAAAAUCCUUUUCAGUUGGCUGGUUUUUAGCCUCAUCGCGAUUCAUUUUGCAUGGAAGGUCUACGGGAACACAGUUAACGACAUGUAUUACCGACAAGGGAGCGGACAGAACGGAGGAACCCCGGAGGCUGCUCCUCACCUCAGUGGAUGGGAGAGUAAAACAGGAGACAAUCUGAAGAGCCAUCGGGAUUAGAGAAAUACUCCUUUUUAAAUUAUGGGCUGGACAUUUUAGCUUUUGAGAAACUGAAUGAACAGUUUUGAUAAUUUAUAGAUAUAAACAAUAUAUAU